CAUGUCUCGAUGCCCAGGGAAGAGACAGGUUUGUGGUGAGGAUGAAGGAGGAGAAAAGAAAAAGCCCGAACACAGCAGUUUCUGGCCGAGUUAGUUUUCAACCUUCCUUUCCUCGCCUCCUUCAGAAACCAGAAGUCCGUUCAUUCUGCAGCUCUCUCUCCAGCAGCUGCAGAAAAGCCCAGGAGGAGUGGGGUGGUUUGUUUUUUCAAAUCCCCUUUCCCAGAAUCCCUUUUCCCCAUGAGAGGUGAGGGUCUGAGGGGUUCGUGCUGGGAGGGAGCCGGGCCAGCUGUCCUGCUUCAGCGGUGGGCUCUGCGCUCUGAGUCCCACCGGGAAAGCCAGUGUGGUCCUGCAAGAGAAGCGGGUGGGAGGAUGGGAAGGGCUUAGAAAUAAUCUCUCCAUCAGCCAGACAGCAGGCAGGAGCAGCCGCCGCUCUGCCAACCGCCUGGAAGGCAAGGACAGCUGUCCGCCCUCCCUUCCAAGGAGGAGCAAAACUCGGAAGGAGCGGAGGGCAACUUAGGGCUGGGGCAUCUGCAGCUACCUGUCCCAGGCAUCCCGGAAGCUCCUCGGGAUGUGCUGACGAUGGGGGGUGGGGUGUGCUCAGGUUGACGCUGCAGGAGGAACUGCUUUUAACUAGCGCGGGCCUGGGACAGGUGCAGAGAAACCCAGCAUCCGAGCGCUGGGUGGGAGUCCCGGAGGCUCUGUGACGGACCCGGAAGUGGUGUGAGCUUGGAGUCGUACACACCUGGAUCUCUGGUUCCCAUGUGUAUACCCACGAGAAACGCACACAGAUGCUCACCAGAGGCACGGGUUAGGAGGCUUGUCACCGCGCUGUCGUAACAGUGGAAAACUGGAACACCCACUAACAGGAGAGUGGGUAAAUAAAUCACGUGUGUUCUCACAGCGGAAUACCAUACGGCAACGAGGGUGCACACACUACAACCGUGUGCAACAACACAGAAGCAUCUCAUAGCCGUUAUGGAAGCAUUUGAACUUGCAUGGCUGCCCCUGAAGACGCGUGCUCCAAGGCCCUCAAGGAGAAGGAUGCUGUUCCAGGCCGAGGAAGCUGGCGGCCCCCGACAGCCCCGAGCCGACCGCUGCCCGCCGCCCCCGCGCUCGCUGCCCCCCGGCGCCUGCCAGGCGGCGCGCUGCCAGGCUGACUCUGAGUGCCCGCGGCACCGGCGCUGCUGCUACAACGGCUGCGCCUACGCCUGCCUGGAGGCCGUGCCGCCCCCGCCAGUUUUAGACUGGCUAGUGCAGCCGAAACCUCGAUGGCUUGGGGGCAACGGCUGGCUCCUGGACGGCCCUGAGGAGGCAUUGCAAGCAGAGGCCUGCAGCACCACAGAGGAUGGGGCCGAGCCACUCCUCUGCCCCUCAGGCUAUGAGUGCCACAUCCUGAGCCCGGGUGACCUGGCUGAGGGCAUCCCCAACAGCGGGCAGUGUGUCAAGCAGCGCCGGCCGGCAGAUGGGCGAUUCUUACGACACAAAUUUUACAAAGAAUAUCCAGAGGGUGCCUCCAAAAAUGUGGCAGAGCACGGGAAAGGACGGCAGAAGCACUUUCAAUAAAGCAACGGCAGCAGCCAACCUGGAAGAACAUUCCUCCACUUUCUGCUAAGCCUCAGAAACCGUUGGGUAAAAAAUGAUUUGACCCCCAGAGGUCAUGCCCAGCUCAACAGAGCAUGACCCCAGAGAUGCUUGGAGACAGGACCCCUGGCUCUCAACCCCUGGGUGGCCCCACCUGGCAGGGUGACUUCAUGGGAGCCACUCGCCUGUUCCGGGUCCCUGUUUUAUUGUCCUGGAAAGGAGGCCCACCUAGCAGUCCCCUUGACCUUGCAGCUCCCCAGAUCUACCAUGGGAAGUCACUGCCUCUGUGAGCUGUAUGAAGCCCCUUUCUAAGACAGAUGCCAGUGUCUUGGCUGGUACAGAUUUCUUCCAGGUUUGACUCUUGGAGGCAUGUACCCAACCCAAAUGUCCUCAAGAUACGUUUGCUCAUCAUAAAAUGGAAAUGAACUUACCUACUCACGCGUGAUUCAUAGUGUUCACCACCUGAUAAUCUUAAAUCGGAGGUGCUGAAGCCGUAGAGUCCUGGGAGUGGGAGGUGGACGGGUGUGACUGGGAUGAGGUUUCAGCUCAGCUCUGCUUCUGGACCCCCGCACUGUCUGGGCCACACGUGUACCGUGUCAGUGUGGGUCCCUCUGAAGCAGAGGGAGGAGGAUUUGAUUCAUUAGGAAGGUUCCUGGGAAGAACUAGCAGAGGGGUGGGGCAGUGGGACAGGAAGAGAAGAGGUCUUACCAGGUGAUGUAAGACGGUCCCGAGGCGAGAUCCCCUGGGGGUCCCAGAGGCGGCCUGUGUCCCACCAGGACCAGCUCCAGGGGCGGCACCAAUACAGGUGCUCACAAGGGCCCCGUGCUUGGUUUAACAGAGUUGAACAAGGGGCCCGCAUGUUCAUUUUGCAAAUGAUGUAAGUGGGUUUGAGUCCCACUGUGGCGCUGGCCCCUUCAGAAGGCAAGGGAGCCGAGCCCCGCUCAGCGGUGGGGUGAGGGCUGUCCCUUGGAGGAGCGGUUGUCAAUUCCAGGGGCAGCCCACCCCCUGCCAGGGAGGGGGCCCAAGAGGACACGGGCAGAGCCCUGGGGGCAUCUGUUACACAAUCCAAAAGGACACACACAUCCACCGGCUU